AAGUGAUUAAUGUGUUAAUAUAAAGAAGACAUCUUGGAUGAUACGGGACGCAGCCCGACCCGGCAGCGUGCUGUCGUGGCAGACGUAAACACAGCUGUGAGGUGACAGACAGACGUCAGGAUGGUGUUCUUCAGUUUUGAUGUCAGAAGACUUGACAUAUAUCGCAAAGUGCCCAAAGACUUGACCCAGCCGACCAUAACUGGGGCUGUCAUUAGUGUAACAUGCAUCACAUUCAUGCUGAUUCUGUUUACUUCAGAGCUCCUCCACUUCCUCUCAGGAGAAUUAGUGUCAGAGUUCUAUGUAGAUAACCCCGGUGAAUCGACAGACAGAAUCCCAGUGUAUAUCAAAAUCUCAUUACCUCGUCUUAAAUGUGAUUAUGUUGGUUUGGAUAUCCAGGAUGAUCUUGGUCGACAUGAAGUUGGCUUUGUGGAGAACACUGUAAAAAAUCCCAUUGGAGAAGAGGGUUGUGUUUUUGAGGCAAAUUUCCUCAUAAAUAAAGUGCCAGGAAACUUCCAUGUGUCAACACAUUCAGCAGAUACACAGCCGGAGAACACAGACUUUGCACAUGUGAUUCAUGAAGUGCGCUUUGGGAGCAAGAUUGACGACCCAAAUAUUCCUGGAACCUUCAAUCCCUUGUAUGGACGUGCAAAGAUUGAUGGAAAUGCCUUGGAAUCUCAUGACUACGUAAUGAAAGUUGUGCCAACCAUUUAUGAAGAAUCCAGUGGAAAUCAGCUUAUAGCAUACCAGUAUACCUAUGCCUACAGGAGUUACGUGUCAUUCAGCCAUGGAGGGCGGGUGGUGCCAGCAGUGUGGUUCAGAUAUGAUUUGACGCCUAUUACAGUCAAAUAUCAUAAGAAAAGACCACCCAUAUAUUCCUUUGUUACCACUGUGUGUGCUAUUGUGGGCGGCACCUUCACUGUUGCUGGCAUCAUCGAUUCCUUCAUCUUCACUGCAUCAAAGGUCUUCAAGAAAUUUGAAGAAGGCAAAUUAAGUUGAAUUGUAAAGAAAUAUAGGAAAAAUAUAUUUUGACUAAAUGUGUGUGUAUAUAUAUAACUGAAUCAUGUAUUAGUUUUAUGUUAAUAUGCAGUGAAUCCCUUUUAAUAUUUUAGAUUUUCUGGUGAUUAAUAUAUUGCAAUGUAUAUUUGCAUUAACCACUAUACUGCAGAAUACCCUAAGGCGCUCUUGAUAGUUGUGCUUUUUUUUUUUUAUUAGGCUAUAUUUUAAUAUAUGUAAACAUUUUGACAAUAAUUUUAUCUGAACAUUUAAAAAAAAAAUGGCCUUGACAAAUGCACUAUGAAGUUUUUGCUGAAACUAGGUGCGCAGUGCAGUGGUUAAUGAGAGGUUAAUAUGGCAUUUUCAAUUUAAUGGACUGCCAUGCAUGAUUAAACUAUGUGCUAUUAUUUAUGAUGUGUUAUUUAAAUUAAGAGCAUUUAAAUAGCUAGUAAAUUGCUUAAAAAAUCAAGUAAAUAAGAUUCAAGAAAUGCUUAAGUACACAAAGCAUAGAUAAAAUGUGCUUUAAAGGAAAAUAACAUUCAGGUGAUUCAGCAGAUCUGACGAUUUUACUUAUUAUUUGCUCUUCACUGCACUGGCUAAAGUGGAUAAAUGCAAUUAGCAACCAACAUAUUUUUAGUAAUCAAUAACUUUUGUCAUUUGUCUGUCAUUUUCUCACGAUGCCAAUCUAUCUAAUGCUGUACUUUUGAUUUGCAGGGUCUCUGAAAGACUAUUGGCUGUUUACUCUUAGUCUACAAAUGCUUGCUAGGAUUCAUUUUAUGAAACCUGCCCAUAAUUAUCUCCUGAAGUAUAAUACUGUAUGUAGAUUUCUUGUUAACGUUAUUUUUAAAUAUCUUUUGCCGAUUGGCUCUGAGAACUCCUGUUUCCUGAGGGUUCCAGUUUGUGUAGAAUUCUCUAACAUUUUAACUGUUUUCAAGUUAUAACAACUUUGAAGGAGCACUCUAUAAUUGCAGAGCUUCCAAAUACUUUUUUUUUUUUUUUUUACUGUUACAGUACCUGUAAAGUAUUUGCCACACUUGUUCUAAGGCACAAAAUUAGUUAGAAUUAAUGAUUGUUUCAACAAAUUCCCUUAGCAAAUACAGUAUUCAUGUUAACAAGGCCUUCAAAGCGUUUUCCUUAAAAUACCUGAAAAGGUGGACAAAUGUUGUGCAAAUUUACUAUUGUUGUACCAAACAACUGCAGUACUCGGGUUACAGCAUUUUUCAUUUUUUCUGAAAUUGACAUACUGUCCUUGUGAUUGAUGGCAAGUCAAUUAGCUAUUCAAGCUUAAGUCAGACACACAUACACAAAUACCCUGAUUGAUAUUCUAUCAUUCCAUAGGUUAGAUUAUUUUUAUAAAUUUACUCUCAUUUAUUGAUACACCAGUGUUUGGACUCUAAUGCCCUACAAACAUGACUACCAGUUUGUGUUUUAUAUGGCACUUCUUCUUUCUGACUAGUUCACUUAAAUCAUGGUUUAUUUUUACCAUGACAAAAUCCUGAGUAUUAUCACAUAGCAUAUUUUACUCGGAGUGAAAAUUAAAUAUUAGGAAAUGUGUGAAUUCAGGCUUUGUUGGAUAUUGAGUCUUAAAUUUCAAUGCACUAAUCAAAAUUCAUUGAGGUAAUCUUGUGCAUCACUGCUUUUAUUGUAGGCAAAACAUGCUUCGAAUGUCAAAUUUGAGUACUGCACAUCAUGAGAUAACCGUACUUCUUUAUAGAUAAAAUUAUCUAAAAUCAAAGUUCAAAAGAUGGUUGAAUAUCUUCUUUUGUUUGAAUUAAUGAUUAUAUAGUAUAAAGACUGAAAACCUGUAGUAAAAAUGCAAACAAAUACUUUAAGCAUUAUACAGAAAAGUAGUGAUGGGAGAAUGUAAAUUGAUAGAAACGAGAAUAAAUACUGUUGUGGCAUAUCAAUACAAUACCACCAUUUAUCUGGACCAAUUGGUACCACCGGAUAUUUGGAGAUCCAAGUAAUUGAUUGCGAGAUUAAAUUUUUUAGGGCAGUUGUUAAUUUGGUAAUGUUUACUUUGACGUGCAAAAAAUACAUGUUUUAUUUGGAAUACACUAAUUAAAUAUGUAGGAAACUAACAAAAUUUUUGUUUUGUUUAUUGCUUAUAGCAUAAAUGUCCACAUCAGCCAAUCUGCCCCAGAGAGGUCUCAUAAUGGGUAUUGGCCCCAAUUUAACUGGGCUAAUUUAUGAUGGAGAAUGGAAAUUUGUUCAGGUAAUCCUAGAAUCUGGAUAAUGUAGGUUUUACUAUAAUAGAUUUAUUACUGUAGUGAACCACAUUGUAGGUAGUCAAGUCACAUUACUGAUUUAUAGUUGGCAAGCUUCAGAACACAAAAUUUUUUAGUUUUAUUUAAUUGUUAAGAUUUUAAAACAAAUAUAUUGAGGGUAAUAUUAAAUCGCUUAUACCAUUACUACAAAUCUGGAGUAUUGUAAAUUGUUCUUUAUUAGUACUGUAGUUGAUCAGCCUGCCAUUGUAGAUUUGGCUGUUACUUGAGGUUCCUUUCCACAAAGCUUGAGGGAAAGAAAUAGUGAAGACUUGGCUCAAGACAUAUUAAUUCUUUGUCUUAAAGCAGAAGGGAAACUAAGCAUUUUCUUUGUUUCAUGACAAGAAUUGUAAGCUUCCAGGAAUUAUCGUAUGUCUGUGAUAUUUCUGCAGCAUUUCUUGUGAUUUUUGUUGUGCUUAAUACAAUUUAAUAGAUUAGGCAUUUUUUAAAAUGGCCAAGGUCCAUCAUUCCAGGUAACGCUGAUAAUUAUAAUAACUUUUGACAAUUAUAUUGUAAAAAGUCCUUCAAAACUUAUAUUUGUGCUUGUAUAUUUUGGCAUUGUAAUAAGUUUAAAAAAAAAUUUUUUUUUAUUAAAGGUACCCAGUUUGUGCUUUAUAAACAGAAAUGAGAGUACUGUAUGAAUGUAAUGAUUUAGCUGGUGAUUCUCAAUUUGUGCUUACACAGCUGCUAUCUAUUUUGCACAAAGAUAAGAGGUUUCUUUUAAAGAAAUUGUGCAUAUUUUAGUAAUUUUUUAAUAAGGUGCUGGGAAAUGUGUUGUGUGCAAACUGUUUAAUGGGCAAUUAUUUUACUUUGUUAUACAAUAAAAGGCUAUUCAAAAACAAUCUUGUAAUUAUUGUUUUAUAAUUAAAAGUUUGUGGAGCAUUUAAA